CUCAUUCUAAUCCUCUCAAUGGCUGCUCAGGCGACAUUCAAGUCCAUCAAGGCCGUCGUGCCCCUUUUCGACCGCGUGCUCGUCCAGCGAUUCAAAGCGGAGACGAAAACCGCGACGGGCAUCUUCUUGCCAACGUCAGCGACGACUCAGCCGCUCCCGGAGGCGACCGUCAUCGCCGUCGGUCCAGGUGCGCCGAACAAGGAGGGCCUGAUGGUGCCUACGAGCGUGAAGGCGGGCGACCGCGUCCUGCUGCCAGGGUGGGGUGGUAACCAGAUCAAGGUUGGCGAAGAGGAGUACUAUUUGUUCCGGGAUUCCGAAAUCCUCGCGAAGAUCCAGGAGUGAACGAUGGGUGCUGUUGAGUUCGUUCGGCGGGCUCAAGGGUGCUGGGUGUGGUCGCGCCUACCCUCUAAAAGUUGUCGCUAGCAUAUACAUCAUAUCAUGGCUAAUAGGUCCAGCAUGUUCUCUACGCAUUGUUUAUUCGCUCACGCAAUCUCAAACGCAUCCCCACUC